AUGUUUCUGAUAUAUCUUAUCAUUUUUGGGAUGACACUGCGACAAACAAGCUCAUCCAAUGUGACACACCAGGCGCAAGAUAACAUUGCGAUCGGCAUCGUGAUAGUGCACGAAAAGGAGCAACCGGACAUUCCCACAAUGGUUGCUGAUGCGGUAAAGAAGGUGUCUGCCAAAUUUAAAGGAGUUUCGAUAAAUGAAUACUACAUUCCAUACGAUCGGGAGCGUCUACAGUUUGGUGACGACGAACAGUUUUGUGAUGCUCUUUCUCAAGGAGUUUCAAUACUGCUGGACGUGACGUGGAUUGAUUCAAGAUACAUAUCUAGUGCCGCAGAAGAAUUCGGAAUCCCUUACUUUCAUAUCGAUCUAUCCAUACAAACAUAUGUCAAGCUUAUGGAAAGUUUUCUUCUGGCUCGCGGUGGCAAUGACGUAGUUUACAUUUUACCGACUCGGCAAGAUGUAGAUGCAACGAUUUAUCUACUCAUAGCAGAUUCAUACCUUCGCGCUAUCGUCUUCGGAGAACUUGACGAGGAUACGGUGGUUCGAAUUAAAAAUCUUCGUCCCUACCCAUCGUUUUACGCCGUAGUGGCGGACACAAUGCAAAUGAACGCCAUACUGCACCAAGCCAUCGACAGUGGGCUGGUGCGUAAGCCAGAAAAGUGGAAUUUACUGUUUACCGAUUUGCAGACAGACAAAUAUGCACACGGGGACACAUUUCCCGAGAUGCAUCGUUUAAUGCUGGACAGAAACGCUUGCUGCAUUCUCUUGCGACAGCUUCCUGCUUGUGAAUGUCCCGAUUCGUUUGAUCCAACAGCCGUUCAUCUAGAAAAUGCGCUGGACAUCAUUUUAGGAUGGUCCAUCGACAGUGUUCCUACACUUUCGGUACGCGCAAUCAACUGCACGCCGGAACUAGAUCAAGAGGAAGUCGCACGUACAAGCGCAGGCCGAAAAGAACUGUUGCGUCAGAUGGCCUUGAUGGCGCAAUUUUGGAUUGCUCAAGAAAACGAUAUGAUACGGCCCAAUCUUAAUCUCUCGAUUAUCAGCACACUCACAAAUCAGAUCAUUGGAAGUGUAACGCAAGGCCAGUCGGUGCUGGCGGGUAAUGAAACGUUUCAGCCUAGUAAACGAUUUUUCCGUGUAGGAACAACGGAAUCUAUACCAUGGGCAUAUCGCAAGCGUGAUUCGGUUGGAAACAUUCUGCGCAAUCCGAUCACCGGAGAACCAAUCUGGGAAGGGUACUGUAUCGAUUUCCUGCAUCAGCUGUCCAUCGUUAUGAACUUUGACUACGAUCUCGUUUCCCCACGAAACGGUACCUUCGGGCAGCGCGAUCCAGACGGACGAUGGGACGGGCUGGUGGGAGAUUUAGUAACGGGCGAGAUUGAUUUUGCUAUCGCUUCGCUCAAGAUGACUGCCGAACGCGAGGAAGUGGUCGAUUUUGUGGCACCGUACUACGAGCAGACGGGCAUUCUCAUAGCAAUGCGCAAACCGGUUCGCGAAACGUCAUUGUUCAAGUUUAUGACCGUGCUGCGGCUGGAGGUUUGGCUGAGCAUUUUGCUCGCCAUCGUUGCCACCGCUGUCAUGCUAUGGCUGUUGGAUAAGUUUUCCCCGUACAGUGCGAAAAACAACAAGGAUGCUUAUCCUUACGAGUGCAGAAAUUUCACGCUUAAAGAAAGCUUCUGGUUUGCGCUGACCUCGUUCACCCCGCAGGGUGGAGGUGAAGCACCAAAAGCACUGUCCGGUAGAACGCUGGUUGCUGCCUACUGGCUGUUUGUGGUACUAAUGCUGGCCACGUUUACAGCGAAUCUGGCCGCCUUCCUCACGGUCGAACGCAUGCAAACGCCUGUACAAUCGCUGGAGCAGCUAUCGCGCCAAAGCCGCAUCAAGUAUACGGUCGUAAAAGAUUCCGAUACGCAUGACUACUUCCGUAACAUGAAAAACGCGGAAGAUGUACUGUACCAAAUGUGGCGCAACCUUACACUGUCCAGUGGAAACGAUCAGGCACAGUAUCGCGUUUGGGAUUAUCCCAUUAAGGAGCAGUACAUCAAUAUCCUUUCUGCGAUCGAAUCGGCCGAACCGGUAGCGACGGCAGCGGACGGAUUUCGGCGCGUCAACGAACACCUCGAUGCGGACUUUGCGUUCAUACACGAUUCGGCCGAAAUCAGGUACGAAAUAUCGCGCAAUUGCAACUUCACCGAGGUGGGCGAGGUGUUUGCUGAGCAGCCGUACGGGAUAGCCGUGCAGCAGGGUAGCCAUCUGCAGGACGAACUUAGCUACUUCAUACUGGAGCUUCAAAAGGAGCGUUACUUCGAGUCACUUACGGCCAAGUUUUGGAACAACAGUGCCCGCAGCCACUGUCCCAACACCGAUGACAGCGAGGGCAUCACACUGGAAAGCUUGGGUGGUGUGUUCAUAGCGACACUGGUCGGAUUAGCGCUGGCAAUGAUCACACUGCUCGGCGAGGUGAUUUACUAUCGUCGCAAGGAAAGAAGUCGUAACUUUAUUAAAGUGGUACCGUUCGGUAACGUGGACAGACCGAUAGAACGGAGCGACAAGCGCUUUGCACUGAAGGAAAAAUCGAUCGCCGUGGUAAAACAGCUGCUCGAUUUGGACACCGCGCCGCCGCCAGUUAAGGCUCGCGGUGCCGGGGGUCCAAUGAAAAUCGGCACGAAAAAAGAGAAACCGAUACCGAAGGAAAUUACGAUCGGCAGUAAGUUUGUAUCGGCGGCCGAGAAGCAACAGAAACUGUCCUACAUUGCAAUCAUGCCUAGGAAUCCUAUACAUUAG